UAACAAAAGCAGACGAUUGUGCGGAUGUUUACCUACCCAAGACGACGGACAUUUGCAAGUACAUGCUACAGCUAGUAUUCCAGUACAAAGAAAGACUUAUCGUCGUAAAACCAAGGAAACUAAUCAGUGACGGAACAGUGUGUUAUCCAUUGGACUGAAGACAAUGUUGUCUGUGGAACUCAAUGAAACCCAAACCGAUGACAAGACAUACAAGACACGCGGAGGGGAUUCUGUGGAUGUGGUAAGGGUGUCUAAAACAAAGCUACAAAUGGCAUGUGGUGUAGUCCAAGUAAAGAGGACAAAAACUGGAAAACUAGAGUUUUUCGCCGACACUAUCCCAGUUUUCUUAAUGUGUGGAUCAGAAGAUGCCUUGAUUGCAAAGGAGACAGCCAAAGAUGAAGAGUUGGUUAUAGUUUUGACCAACGAAACUGGCAAAAUCUUGAGCAUCCUUGCAGAUUUUCUUAAUCCAGGGAAUUAUCUGAUCAAUAAACCUCCCGUUAGUUGGGACCGACUGACAGAGGUGUUCAAAAAAUCCCACCCCGAGAGUCGUUUGUCCCUACGCGCAACGACUUGGUCCCCAUACCUCUCAUCUGUAACAGACCCAAUGAAGGGACAGCACUUAAUAAUGAUUAACUAUGCAACUGAAGCUCUUUCUUACAUUAACCCUGGAGAGGAAAAUCCAGAUCUGGUCGAAGUAGUGAGACGGUUUGAGUUAUCACAGACAGAUGGCGACAUGGAAAAUCGCCUUGUGACUCGGAGCCAGAAUUGCAAAAAUUCCUUGUGCGACAAUCUGUAUUAUUGUAUGAUCAUGUCUAGUAUUAGGAGUCUGGAGCUACAGGCCGAACCCAGGAAAAGGAAUUUUCAAAUGAGAAUAAAAUAUGUUGAUGCAGCUGCGUUAAAAGAAAAGAAGAAAAAGGACAAAAAGAAAUGCAAGAAUCCGGAAACGGAUGUCUCUCUCAACGGACCAAUGACGUCCGUCCCUGGUGAAACACCUUUCCUUGAAGAAAUUUCGCCCAUAUAUAGUUGAGACUGUGAUAAAAGGGGGAGGGAUUCCAAAUGAUUGUGUUCUGCAAAUUUUACGUUAGUGUAUUGUUUUCUAAAAAUGCUUAGUAAUAAUUUAUACUUUUGAAAUAUUGGAGACGAUUUUUUUUUUGCUUUUUACUAAUCAUUCUAAAAGUUGUUUAAGAUUUUUCAAUUGAACUCUUUAAAAUCCUAAGACAUGCAUGUUUAUACUA